CGCCACCGGCACCGGGAGCGGGACCGGGACACCGGGAGCGGCACCGGGACGGGCGCCGGCGCCAUGGCUCAGCUCCGCCUCACCGACUUCUUCGGCCGUGCCAAGGCGGCCGCCGCCGUCCCCACCAAGCGCGGCGGCGGCCCCCGGCUGAAGGCAGCCCCAGGGGGAGCCCCGGUGCACCGGGAGGCCGAGGAUGGAGCCCCGCCACCGCCGCUGCCCGCCUCGCCCCGCACCCCGUCCCGCGGCGCUGUCCCGGCCGUGCCGGGGCUGGCGGGCAGGAAGCGGAGCCGCCGCGAGAUGGAAGCGGAGCCGCUCACCGGGGCCGGUACCGGGGAGCGCGGAGGGAAAUCGGCGCGGAAGAGGCUGGAGCUGCCCACGGACGAGGGGCCGCCGGCUGCGGCCGCCAGCCCCCCACCGGCAAAGCCCCCCCCGGCGGGCAGGACCCGAUCUCCUGGCCGGGAGCAGGAUGGCGGGACCGUGCCGCGGAAAGCCCUGCACCUGGAGCUGGAGGACCUGGCCGCGCUGCGGAACCGCCUGCAGAGGAUGAAGAUGAAGACCCCGUCCCAGCUGCUGCCCAUCCCCGCCGGGGCCGGUGCUGAGCUGCGGAGCCGCCUGGAGACCCUGCGGGGCCUGGAGCUGCGGCUCCGUGACAAGGCGGCGGCGAGCGGAGCACAGACACAGGAGACAACAGCUCCGGCAGCGGAGGCGACUGGCGGCCAGAAGCUCCCCGCGUACCAGCGGUUCCACGCCCUUGCGCAGGACCAGCCGCCGGGGCUCACGCUGCCCUACAAGUACAAGGUGCUGGCUGAGAUGUUCCGCAGCGUGGACACCAUCGCCGGGAUGCUCUUCAACCGCGCCGAGACCAUCACCUUCGCCAAGGUCAAGCAGGGGGUGCAGGACAUGAUGCGCAAGCAGUUUGAGGAGCGGCACGUGGGCCAGAUCAAGGCGGUGUACCCCACCUCGUACCGGCUGCGCCAGGAGAAGAACAUCCCCACCUUCGGCAGCGGCGUUAAGAAGUCCGACUACCAGCUCACGCUGGAGCCCGUGCUGGGGGAAGACGAGAAGGUGUGCGGCCGCCCGCACCUGUCGGCAUCGCGCUUGCUGGAGCGCAGGAAGGAGUUCAACCGCAGCCUGGUGAACAUCGUCAAGCAGCACCACGCGGCGUUCCUGGCCACCCUCACGCCCCCCAUGGUGGUACCCGAGGACAAGCUGACCCGCUGGCAUCCCCGCUUCAACGUGGACGAGGUGCCGGACAUCAGCCCGGCAGAGCUGCCGCGGCCGCCGCAGGAGGACAGGAUCACCACGGCCCAGGAGCUGCUGAGCACGGCUCGGGGCAUGAUGAUCCCCAAGAUGGAAAAAGCUCUUGCCAACCUGGCCCUGAGAACCGCUGAAGCCGGUGCGGGGGAACCGGUGCUUUCCAAAGCACCGUCCCCUGCCAGCACCUCCAGCGCUCUGAAGGGGGUGUCCCAGGCGCUGCUCGAGCGGAUCCGCGCGAAGGAGGCGCGGAAGCUGCAGGCGCUGAUGACCCGGGACCCGCGGCAGGAGGAGCGGCUGGCCAUGCUGGGGCGGCUGCCGGCCAUGGCCCGCGUCCUGCGCAACGUCUUCGUGGCCGAGAAGAAGCAGGCGCUGCCCCUGGAGGUGGCGUGCGCCCGCAUGGCCGAGAGCUUCCCCACGCAGAUGACCGCGGGAGAGAUGGAGAAACACCUGCGCCUCUUCGCGGAGCUGCUGCCCGACUGGGUGGGGAUCCACGCCAUCAGGACGGACACCUACAUCAAGCUGGACAAGAACAAGGACCUCGGGCUCAUCGUGGAGAGGCUCGCCAAGGCGGCCAAGGAGGCGGAAGCGCUCUGAGCCCGACAAAGGUCCGGGCUUCCCCUGUUGCAAUCAUCUCUGUAGGCGUAGCGAGCCCCGGCCGUGCUCCGGGGGUGGUUGAGGAAGAGGAGAGUGGGCAUUAAUGUAACUAGUUCCUUUGCCAGGGUCCCCGAGGGCUGUAGUUAACCCCCAAGGUGAAGGCAGGCAGUCCUGGGGUGGCUCCAGGCGGUGAAGAGGAGUUUCUGACCUGUUCUGGUGUUCUCCUGAAGGCUCGAGGCAGGAGCUUCCUUCCACCCAGGGACUGGUGGGGUGGAGGCAGGGGGAGAGGGUGACAAGGAGGGAAGGAGUGAGAGAAGAAGUCACAAAUUGAUGUUUUGGCUCUCCGGGCCUUGUUCUGUUUUUAAGGGAGGGAAACACGCAUCUCCAGCUCUGGCUGGAAACAACGACAGGACUUGUCAAAACAUAUUUGUAUUAAAUGUUUUAAAUAGAGCUGACUCCUG